AUGGCUGCUGCCUUGAGAAUAAGAAGUGAGCCUGUCCAAGACCAAAAUUUGGACAUAGAAACAUCAACUUCUAUUUCAGUUUCUGAGUUGACUGAAUUUCCACUUGCAAAUGAGACUAUUACUGAAGUUCUUGAAGCAGUCAUGGAAGAAGAGAUUGAGGAGACUUCAUCCGAUGAAGAAGUGACUGGAAGAGAAGAAGAAGUCGAGGUCACUUCAUCUGACAAAGAAGUGACUGGAAGAGAAGAAGAAGUCGAGGAGAUUUCAACUGUGAAUAGAGGAUCAAUUUUACCCAUUGUUCUCACUGUAACAGAACUGAUCAUCGCCGAAUUACAAGCAGAUUUUGUCCAAACAAUAACAGUAGCAGAGCAAGAGGAUCUAGAAAUCGAGGCAGAGGCUUGA